CAAUUUCAUUUCAUAAACAGUUAAACACGACCUUUUCCAUAUUCACACACAUAUUACUAAUAAUAAUAAUAAUAAUAAAUAUUCAUGGAGACUCUUCCACACACAAUUUUGCUCCAUUGGACUCUGUCGCCCAAUGAAACCUUCCUCUCUCUCUCUCCACUUCAAAAACCUUGCUUCUUUCCUUGUUCUCAGCAUUGUACUGCACAAUACUUGAAAGAGAAUUAGCUCUCUUACAUGCUUAUCAGAAAUGGGAAACAAUUGUGUUGGAUCCAGAGACUCCAAGGAAGGACUAUUCUCCUUCUCCUAUGUUGCUUCCACCCCAUUCUGGUGGUCUAAUCCAACAACCGCAAUCCUAGAACCUCCUUCAUGCACACAACCUGUUCAACAAAAUGCUCCACAGCCCAUCACGAUUGAUGCUCAUCAUCAACACUAUUACAAACAAGAGGAGGAUAAGCAGCAAUCUAGGCAAGUAGUAGUUAGACCAGAAGAGACACCAAAAGCAAAACUUCAAAGUACUAAGAGGUCUGCAAGUGCAGGGCUUCGAGCAGACUCGGUUCUGCCGAGACAAACCGGCCACAUUAAAGAGUACUUUCAUUUGGGAGCUGAGCUUGGGCAUGGACAAUAUGGAACAACUUUUCUUUGUGUAGAGAAGGCUACUGGAAUCAAGUAUGCAUGCAAGUCCAUUGCAAAAGUGAAGUUGCUUACAGAUGAUGAUGUGGAUGAUGUGAGGAGGGAGAUUCAGAUAAUGCAUCACUUGGCGGGAAGCCCCAAUGUGGUCUCCAUCAAAGGGGCUUACGAGGAUGCCAUUGCGGUUCAUGUUGUCAUGGAGUUGUGUGCAGGGGGUGAGCUCUUUGAUAGGAUUGUGGAAAGGGGCCAUUACACGGAAAAGAAGGCGGCAAAGCUUGUCAGGACUAUUGUCAGUGUUGUGGAGGCUUGCCACUCCCUUGGAGUUAUGCAUCGUGAUCUUAAGCCAGAGAAUUUCCUUUUUCUUGAUGUCCAUGAAGAUUCCAUCCUCAAGGCAAUAGAUUUUGGAAUGUCUGCUUUUUUCAAACCAGGAGACAAAUUCACCGAUGUGGUAGGAAGUCCUUACUAUAUUGCACCCGAAGUUCUGUGCAAGCAUUAUGGCCCAGAAGCAGAUGUUUGGAGUGCUGGUGUGAUGCUAUACAUUCUCUUAUGUGGAUUCCCUCCAUUUUGGGGCGAAUCAGAGCAAGAGAUAUUUCACGAGGUUUUGAAUGGUGAUCUUGAUUUCUCUUCUGAUCCUUGGUCGAGUAUCUCUGAAAGUGCGAAAGACUUGGUGAGGGGCAUGCUUGUUAGAGAUCCAAGAAAACGGAUUACAGCUCAUGAAGUUCUUUGUCACCCUUGGAUUCAAGAAAAUGGAGUUGCUCCAGACAAGCCUUUAGAUUCUACGGUUUUGAGUCGCCUGAAGCAGUUUUCUGCAAUGAACAAGCUCAAGAAAAUGGCUCUCAGAAUUAUUGCAGAGAAUCUCUCUGAAGAAGAAAUUUCAGGAUUGAAAGAAAUAUUCAAGAUGAUAGACACGGACAACAGUGGUCAAAUAACUUUUGAAGAAUUCAAGGUUGGGCUGAGAACGUUUGGUGCUAAUCUCAGCGAAUCAGAAAUUUACGAUCUAAUGCAAGCUGCAGAUGUUGAUAACAGUGGCACAAUUGAGUAUGGGGAAUUCAUAGCUGCAACAAUGCAUUUAAACAAAGUCAAAAGAGAAGAACAUUUGGUCACAGCUUUCUCAUACUUUGAUAAAGAUGGAAGUGGCUACAUCACUCAAGAUGAGCUUCAACAAGCUUGUGAAGAAUUUGGCAUGGAGGAUGUCAGCUUGGAUGAAAUCAUCCGAGAAGCUGAUCAGAAUAACGAUGGCAGAAUAGACUACAAUGAAUUUGUUGCAAUGAUGCAGAGAGGAGAUACAGAUUUAGGAAAGACUGGUGUAAAAGGUAGCACUAGUUUUAGAAUUGGAUUUAGGGAAGCACUUUCAGUAUGUUGACAAAAAAAAAAAAUAGGCCAUUUUUUCUUUUUCUUUUGUUAACUUAGCAUUUAACAUUCACCACUCGCCACUGAAUUUAAUUUCUCCUGCAAUUGUAAAGCUUAGCCUGUAAAAAUUUUGAUAGGUUUU